AUGAAUGGUUACACUCUGAAGAAGAGGAUUGUGGAGACAAGAAACAACAAAGGAAACCCAUCAUCAACAGAAAUCUGUACACCCAAAAACACCACAACAAACCCAGCAAUAUCCGUCACCAACAGAAGCGCCAGCAAGAAGAAAAAACACCACCACGACAUCUUUUUGGAAGCAGAACCACCGGGACGGCACCGUGGCGUCGGACGAUUCUUCGAGUCUUCAUCACGUACAGCCGGUCCCACAGAAUGGGAUCAAGUCAGUACUACCCGGGUACGAGGUAAUAGUGGUGGUGGAGGCGGUGGUAAUAAAAUUGGAACUCUUGCUAGGGUGAAUUCUGAAGUUAGUUAUGUGGGACCCACCAAUUCGAGGCCGUUGGAUGGUAAUGAGAAGAAGAAAACACCAGUGAAUUCGAACAAGAAGUUGAAACAGUGUGGCAGUGGAGGGAAGAGGGACGGUGGUGGGGGAAAGGGGGUGGUGGUGGAGUUCAGUAAAGAUUUGGUUAAAAGGUGUGGGGAGUUAUUAGGCAAUUUGAUGAAACAUCAAUAUGGGUGGGUGUUUAAUGAGCCAGUGGAUGCAAAGAAGUUGAAGCUGCAUGAUUAUUAUAAAAUUAUCAAGCAUCCGAUGGACUUAGGGACGGUGAAGAAUAGGUUGAGUAAGAAUUGGUACAAAUCGCCAAAGGAGUUUGCAGAGGAUGUUAGGUUGACGUUUAAUAAUGCUAUGAAGUAUAAUGAGAAAGGGCAGGAUGUGCAUGCUAUGGCAGAUACAUUGUUGAAGAUUUUUGAGGAGAAUUGGGCUAAAGUGAAGGGCCAAACUAAUGUUGAUAAGAGGGGGCAGAUGGGGCAUGAUGUUACUGUGCCAACACCUGCUUUGAAGAGAGCUCCAGGUCCUCGUGCUUCCUCUCCUGCUUGUGGUUCUGCUUCAAAGAGAGCUCCAGGUCCUCGUACUUCGCCCCCUGCUUGUGGUCCUGCUUUUGCUUCUGGCCGUGCUCCCAGUCCUGCUGCUUUUCAAGACACAGUACCUUUAGAGACGAGAACUUUGGAUAGAACAGAUUCUUUGACAGAGCUUGUGCAUUCGAAGAUGAAAGCUGCAAAAACUGCUGCUGACCAGGGUAGGACAUCAGUGUCAAAGAAACCUAAGAAGAAUGAUACUGACAAAGGCGAAAUGACUUAUGAGGAGAAGCAGAAAUUGAGUGGAAACCUGCAGAGUUUGCCUUCAGAGAAACUAGAAUCAGUUGUCCAGAUUAUUAGGAAGAGGAAUCCUGGGCUUUUCCAACAAGAAGAUGAGAUUGAAGUGGAUAUUGAUAGUUUUGAUAAUGAAACACUUUGGGAACUUCAUAGGUAUGUAACUGAUUACCAGAAAAGUAUGAGCAAGAAUGACAGAGAAGCUGAAGUUGCCCUACAAGGGAGAGAAGAAGCUGGUCAUUAUAUGCAUAGGACUAAUCUGACGUCUGCUACUGCAGAGGCACCAAAAGAACUUGGAUCAGCACAAAUGACUAUUUCUGCAUCUUCUCCUAUUAAAGAACAUAGGCAAGGCCGUAGUAUGAGCAGAUCAAGUAGUUCAAGCAGUUCAGGCAGUGGCUCGAGAUCCUCUUCAAGUGGCUCUGAUAGUGAUAGUUCUUCGGGAUCUGGGUCAGAUGCAGGUCAAUGA